AUGGCCGCAUGUGGUCUGAGUGCAAGUAACCCAGACGCGUUGCGGUCGCAAGAAUCUAAGGAAUAUCUGCCAAGCGGUUUUCGUUUGUCGGACGAUGACCGCUCGCCUUCCUUUCGCAGUAGCGAUUUUAAAAUGAAUGACAAGUUCAGUUUUGAGAAUGAUGUGGUUUAUGCCAUGAUGUGCUUCGCUUUGGAUCUAUUGCGCGCAAUGAGAGCUUUUAACAUGGAGAGCCGAGUACAAAACGAAGAGAAAAGCCGUAGGAUAGGUGCCUUGCGUAUUGGCAUAUCGAACGGUCCUGUAAUGGCUGGUGUGGUUGGUUUGUAUAAGCCAUUUUACGACGUAUGGGGCAAUGCUGUGAAUAUGGCUUCUCGCAUGGACUCGACCGGAACACCGGACUCAAUCCAAGUCACUGAGGAAUCUGCGCGCAUUUUAGAAUCCUAUCAAGUUCACUGCAUUUACAGAGGUGAAACUUAUGUAAAAGGGCGUGGUAACAUUCCUACGUAUUUUGUAAAUAUUGACGAAGAUUUAAGGCUCAUAAGAGAUACAGAGGAUACUAAUUUGAGUAGAAUCGAAGAAUAA